AUGGAAAUUGAUAAAAUUGUUGAAAGUAUUUUUGGGUCAGAUGUGUUAAAUAUCACUGAUAGAAAAUCAAUGGAAAAUAAAAACUCUUCAAGAGUGUCACAGAGUUUAGACUUGGUAAAUAAGUAUAUUGAAAAUACCCUUUUAAAAGAUGCUCCAGUAAAAAAUGUGGAAGACACUAGAAUUGGUAGAAUUGGACCAAAUGUAGUCCGAUUUGAUGUAUCAUCACGUUUAGGACUGUUUUCAAUUUCUCCUGAUAGGCUUACUGUAAGUCCUAGAAGCAAUUUUAGCACAAUGAGAGCAAAUACAGCAGUAUAUCAAGGAAAAUGGUUGUAUGAAGUUCAGCUUGGUAGUAAAGGUCUGAUGCAAAUUGGAUGGAGUACAGCUAAUUGUAAAUUUACUCAAGAAUCUGGAGUUGGAGAUACCAUUAAUUCAUAUGCUUAUGAUGGAAAUCGUGUUAGAAAAUGGAAUGUGGCUACAUAUGUAUAUGGAGAACCAUGGCUUGCAGGAGACAUAAUUGGAUGUGCAUUAGAUUUAGAUAAUGGAAAUGUUGAUUUCUGUAGAAAUGGUAGACAUCUAGGACGAGCAUUUGAAAAUAUAUCAAUGGGUGCAGGUUUUGCAUAUUUUCCAACAGUAAGCCUUGCAUUAACAGAAUAUUUAACAGCCAAUUUUGGAUCUACGCCAAUGCAUUAUCCUUUAGAAGGAUAUGAACCACUACAAGCAAUUCCAAAACAAGAAAUACAUCAAGCUAUGCUAUUAUUUAAAUGGUUCUUGAAAAUAGUAGAACAGAUAAAUGCAAACCUUAAUACGAAUAAAGAGAUUAUGUUGCAUGAUGAAAAUAUGAGUGUACAUGCCUACUUAAUGUGUCUUUCAAAUUGUGUUUUAAAACACAUAGGACCUUUAGUGGCAAUACCAUAUAUCACAGAACAUAUUUUAAUUCCUUUCAUGCAACAUCUUCCUGAAUCAGAGACAAAUUUUACUUCUUUAUUAUCAACUUGUUUAGAUUUAUUAUGGACAUUUCUCGAAGAGCAUGAAAUUAAGACAUGUUUAGAAACUAUUGUUCUCUUUUUAUUAUCUACUUUUAAACAUGUAUCUUGCUUAUCUGAAUACUUUGAUCAGUCUAAAAGUUUACUUCUUCUAACAAAAAUUUGUCAACAUAUAUCAACACGUCAAUAUUUACUACAACAUUUACUCUUUGAUCAAGUAAGGCUUCCAAAUUUCUUAAAUGUUAAACCACCAGAUAAAAAAGGACUAAUUGACAUAGUCAGUAAUGUGUGGUGGGAAACAGAUCCUGUAGAUUUAACAGUUGAAGCUAAUAAAGAAAGUUAUUUGGAAGCAUGUCAACAAAUUAAAACUACUAUUUCUGAUUUGGAGAAAUUACAAGUAUUAUUAUUAAUAAUUCUUCUUGAUAAUUCUGAUGGUAGUGAAACAAGACCAACUUCGAGAACUAUAUUUUUAAGAAAAUUUAAAUCUUUUAUUCCUAUAGCAAAUAAUAAUCCAGCACCAAUUACACUAUGUUUUAUCUAUCGACUUCUGGUUGCGUUCAAAACUCUAUGGGAUACCGAAGUUGGAACACCUUCUGUUUACGUGCCUUGCAGGAUAUUUUACGAUGGAUCGAUCGACUAUUCUGGAACCGAUAGACUAGGUGGAGUUGUGUCUCAUUUGAGCAAGCUAUACAGAAGUGAACUGAUACAAUUGUUAGGGCCCGAACAUGAAGCGAUUAUUACAAUGGAACAGACUCCAGAUUCAUCUAGUUCAUAUACUAGGAUGGCACUCGUCCGAGUAUUUAAUAUAAAUUCACUAGAUCAAGGAAGAUCAACAAUCGUUGAUACAACGCCAUUGCCUAUGAAUUCUGUAGAUGCAACUACAUCUUUGCUUGAGUUGCUCAAUAGCAUUAUUUUAUUUUAUCAUUUUGUUGCGAAAAAGCCAUUGGCAAAAGUGGCUCUUCUUAGAAAUAGCAUGUUAGAAUAUAUUUCUGCUAGUCAAGAUAUAAAAACAAGACUAGAAGAAGUUAAGAAAAAGAAAGACUUUGAAUCUGAGUCAAUUCACCAAGAAUUAUUGAGAUUGAUAAACGUUUUUAAUACUAAAUUAAUAGAACAAGGAAGACAUAUGGCAUGGAUUCGUGCUGCUUUUUAUUCAGAAGAAAAACAAUCACAAUUAGCAUGGCUUUUAAAAGUGGUUAUAUUAACCUUGACAAAUGCUAGCUUAGAAAAAAAUAUGUUUAGUUUUGUACCAGAAUUUUAUUUGGAAGCACUAGCUGACUUAUGUGUUGGUUUACGAAAUCACAUGCAUCCAACAGCACGUAUAGAAAAUAUUCCAGAAUAUCAACAAACAUUUUUAAGUAUAGCUAAAUUUCUUUGUGAUCAUUUUAUGGAUCCUCGUAUUAUAAAUGUAAAUUCGAAAAGUACGUUACUUCUGACGUUAGCUGGAUUUGUAUUCAACCCAUUAACAUUAGAAGCUAUGGAAAAUGUGCCAGAAGAAAGUAGAGUAAAGCUUGUGACAAAUUUACUAAAAUCAUAUGAAAAUAGAGCAUGGGCUGAAUCGAAUUGGAUUUUAGUUAGAUUUUGGCAAGGUAACGGUUUCGCCUUUCGAUAUGAAAAAAGCCCACAUCUUUUGAAAAAAGUUGGAUCAAAAUCAUUUCGGCACGAUUCAAUUACUCAACCUAGAAAUCCAUGUCCGUCCAUUGUAUACCAAAACCAUGUAAGGGAUGUAUUAUUAAAAAAUGUGCAGGACACAACAGCGUUAUUAAAUUCCUUGCUAAAUCUGUUAAACUGGACCUUUUCUGAAUUUAUUGGAAUGGUGCAGGAGAUUCGCAAUGUUUCAUCGAGACCCGAAAGAGUUUUUAUUGAAUCUGGACAACUAAAAAUUUGCGCCACAUGUUUCGACUUAACAAUUUCUCUGUUGAGAGUUUUGGAGAUGAUCAUCACAGUGAUUCCAAACAUCUUUAAUAAUCCGUCACAGUCUUUUAGUGAAAAUCUAUUAUUUAGAUUGUGCCAAUUACUUUGUCAAGUUUUAAAUAGAAUCAGCUCACAAACCAGUUGCUUCCAACAUGUUGUAUUGUUGGAAAUCUCAGAUUUGGAAUCAGUAGAUCAUUUUCCAAUACUGGCAGCAGUUACAGGUGUAUUGCUGAUAUUACUCAAUGAUGAUAUGAUCAACUUUAAAUCAAAAUCCAUAACAGAAGUGCCAAAAAUUACUCAGACUUUAUUAAUAGAACCAAGUUUCCAAAUGAGCACUCUUUAUUUCCUGUUAGGAAAUUCAAAACAAAAAGAUAAACAAGAGAGAAAUUUAAAAGAAUUUUCUUUUUUAAACUAUCCAAAUGACGUAACAAAGGAAGAAAUUAAAAAAGUGGAAGACAUGAUUGAAUAUUUAGAUGAAUGUCGUACUAUUUUGCCAAAUUUAAAAAUUUCAAGCGAUAAUGGUGAUACUUGUACAAUAUGCUAUGCACAACCUAUAGCAGUAACUUUUAAACCUUGUGACCAUCAAACGUGUCGUAUUUGUAUCGAUCGACAUCUUUUAAACAACAGAUCAUGCUUUUUUUGUAAAGUAACGAUCGAAAAAGUCGUAGACCUUUCUGACAAUGUAUUACUCGAUUUUAGUUCCAAAAGUACGACCUCAAAAUAGCCUGUGGAAUUGUA